ACUAGUACUGCAGCUACCGGUAGUGCUAGCUAUGAUAGCAACUAGUCUAGCUAGUACGGUAGCGGUACCGGUACCGGUAUUGUAUGGUGCCGUUGUCCUCCCUCCUCCUUCGCGCAGUGAUGCAUCCUUGCUUGGGAAACAGGGCUCACUCACCGUAGUACUGUACGUAUCCAUGCCGGUGGCACCCCACCAAGCAUGAGCAACCAAGUGUGGUCAUCACAGCGGAGCACACAAGCUGCUUCAAAAGCAAUUAACAAUGAAGAAGAAUCGUCGAAACGCAAAGAAAGGAGGGAGAAAGGAGAGGAGAAAAAAUGCCGUGGAACAGAUGACACCAAAAUGCCAACAUGGAGCCCCUAGCACACUGCCACCACCGCAUGUUCUGUUUGUCCAAUUGGGUUUCUACAAAGCGAUUGCUGCAUCCAUGGCAGAGUCCGAAACAGAGGAUGAUGAUUUGAAAAUACUGCAAUCUGAAGCUGCAUCCUACCUAUCGUCUUCUCGUUCCAUAUUUUUUAGUUAAACCAACACAACAAGAGCUACGCAGCAGUGCACUGCCAUUCGGCUGGCGCAUCCCAUGGGCCUCCGUUUAUUGCACACUUGCAAUCGAAUCACGUGUGAGCAUUGCCUGUUGUAGCCUUUUGCAUGUGCCCCCGGGCAGAUCUGUCGCUCGUCCCAAGAUACGGUAGUAGUCGUAGAACCCGAUGCAAUAUAGUCUUGGCCAGCGGUCUCUUUGUUCACGAGCGAAGAAUAACUGCUUUGUGCGUACGGUACG